CUAUUGUCACUUUCAGUUUUACAAAAUAUUAGUUUCUUAUAUAUUUCGACUCUUUCAUUUCAAAAUUGAUUUAAGUGCUUAUAAAUAAUAAAUUGCGGAGAAUCGCAGAAUGUCAAAGUUAAUUCGAAAAUUUCUAAGCCAAACCAAAGAUCUUACAAAUUGGAAAUACUUGAUAAAAAGUAAUUUUAAUUUGGUCAACAGUCUGGAUCUAAAAUUGGAAGAGCUGCGUUUGGAACGUUCUCAGCUGGAAGCGCGCUCCAAGACGCUGUUACAAAAGCAGCGAUCCACAGAAUGCAUGUUGACAGAUUUAACGCGCAGCAUCAAACAACUUGAAUACGACAUUGUACAAAUGCAAAAACCAAAAGCACAAAAUAUUGCUUCUGCACCUGAGGAGGAGGAGAUCAGAGAGUCACGACGCGCAUCCAACAGUCAGCGAAAGGGAUAGAAAGACUGAAAGAGAUAGCUUCUAGUCGGGGAUCUCACUGUGCUUAUCAGCUAUACAUAUGAACUUUUCAGAAAUCACUUGCGGGACUUCACCGUUCCGAACUGAGGCAUAUAUAGAGAGCUGCUGUUCGACUGUGCUUAGUAGUUCAACAAAGUGUUGCGGU